AGGCAGAUGUCAUUCGAAUUUGGCGUGUGUUUCCUAAGGUCCAGCACAAAACAUUCUCCUCGAAGUCGUUAAAUCUUUGUUAUUCUAUUAUCAUAGCUGAAUCCUUGAGUGAUAAGAGCACUAUUGGUUUGAUUGUUGGAACGCCUAUUGCUAGUUAAAUUCUUUUUGUUGUGUGCUUUGACGAAUUUGUGUUACAAUUAUGGAUAUAGCAGAUGCCCAAGUUGGUCAAUUGCGUGUCAAAGAUGAAGUGGGGAUUAGAUGUCAGAAAUUAUUCCAAGAUUUCCUUGAAGAGUUUAAAGAGGAUGGAGAGAUCAAAUAUGUUAAACCUGCUGCUGAUUUGGAAUCGCCAGAUCGUUGCACCUUGGAAGUCAGCUUUGAUGAUGUGGAAAAAUACAAUCAAAAUUUGGCUACCACCAUUAUUGAGGAGUACUAUCGCAUCUUCCCUUUUUUGUGUCAAUCCGUUUCGAAUUUCGUUAAGGAUCGCAUUGGUUUGAAAACUGAAAAGGAUUGUUAUGUUUCCUUUACCGAAGUGCCUACGCGUCAUAAAGUACGUGAUAUGACCACUUCUAAAAUUGGCACUUUGAUACGCAUCUCAGGCCAAGUGGUGCGCACACAUCCCGUACAUCCAGAACUUGUUUUCGGCACCUUCAUGUGUUUGGAUUGUCAAACUGAGAUAAGAAAUGUUGAACAGCAAUUCAAAUUUACUAAUCCAACAAUUUGUCGCAAUCCUGUGUGCUCCAAUCGUCGCCGUUUCAUGUUGGAUGUGGAAAAAUCAUUGUUUGUGGAUUUCCAAAAGAUUCGUGUACAAGAGACACAAGCUGAGUUGCCCAGGGGUUGCAUACCACGUUCCGUGGAAAUUAUUCUGCGUUCAGAAUUGGUAGAAACUGUACAGGCCGGAGAUCGUUAUGAUUUUACCGGCACCUUGAUUGUGGUACCCGAUGUGGGUGUAUUGAAUAUGCCUGGAGCCAAGGCUGAUCCAGGUUCACGUCACAAGGCGGGUGAGGGACCCGAAGGUCUUACUGGCCUGAAGGCUUUGGGCAUGCGUGAGUUAAACUAUCGCAUGGCAUUUUUGGCUUGUAGUGUGCAGGCUACAAAUGCUCGAUUUGGAGGCACUGAUUUGCCCAUGUCAGAAGUGACAGCCGAAGAUAUGAAGCGGCAAAUGACAGAUGCUGAAUGGAAUAAGGUUUAUGAGAUGUCCAAGGAUCGCAAUCUUUACAAUAAUUUAAUAACCAGUUUGUUCCCCUCAAUUUAUGGCAAUGAUGAAGUGAAGCGUGGUAUACUGCUGCAGCUAUUUGGAGGAGUGGGCAAAACCACACAUGAAAAAACUUCCUUGCGUGGUGAUGUAAAUGUCUGCAUUGUGGGCGAUCCCAGUACUGCCAAAUCGCAAUUUCUUAAACAAGUGGCGGAUUUCUCCCCUCGUGCCGUUUAUACUUCGGGUAAAGCUUCUUCGGCCGCUGGUCUUACGGCUGCUGUUGUAAGGGAUGAGGAAAGCUUUGAUUUCGUUAUAGAAGCCGGUGCCCUUAUGUUGGCCGACAACGGCAUUUGUUGCAUUGAUGAAUUCGACAAAAUGGAUCCCAGAGAUCAGGUGGCCAUUCACGAGGCCAUGGAACAGCAAACCAUCUCCUUGGCCAAGGCUGGUGUACGGGCCACACUCAAUGCCCGCACCUCCAUAUUGGCUGCUGCCAAUCCCAUUAAUGGUCGCUAUGAUCGCUCCAAGAGUCUGCAACAGAAUAUUCAACUUUCCGCCCCCAUUAUGUCUCGUUUCGAUUUGUUUUUCAUUUUGGUCGAUGAAUGCAAUGAGGUUGUGGACUACGCCAUUGCCCGUAAAAUUGUGGAUCUGCACUCGAACAUUGAGGACAAUGUGGAGAGAGCCUAUUCGCGUGAGGAGGUUUUGCGCUACAUUACCUUUGCCCGCCAGUUCAAGCCGAUCAUAAGCAAAGAGGCUGGUGCCUUGUUGGUGGAGAACUAUGGACAUUUAAGGCAACGUGACACGGGCACUGCUGGCCGCAGCACUUGGCGUAUAACAGUGCGCCAGCUGGAGUCCAUGAUUCGCUUGAGUGAGGCCAUGGCUAAGCUGGAAUGUAUGAAUGAAGUGCAGGAGCGCCAUGUUAAGGAGGCCUUCCGUUUGUUAAAUAAAUCCAUCAUACGUGUUGAGCAGCCCGACAUUCAUUUGGAUGAUGAUGAUGUGGAUGAGGCCUUUACCGGUGAUGUUGACAUGGAUCACAAUAAUGGGGCAAAUGGUGAUGGCGAGGCGCCUGAGCAGGCCGCAGACGCUGACGGCGAAGGUGCUCAAGUUGGUGUACAAAAGAAAAAACUCACCUUGUCCUUUGAGGAUUAUAAAAAUCUAUCCACCAUGUUGGUUUUACACAUGCGUAAUGAGGAAGCUCGCUGUGAAGUGGAAGGCACCGAUUCCGGCAUGAAGCGCAGUGAUGUGGUCACUUGGUAUUUGGAGCAAGUAGCCGACCAAAUUGAGUCGGAAGAUGAAUUGAUUUCGCGCAAGAACUUAAUUGAAAAGGUCAUCGAUCGUCUGAUCUAUCAUGAUCAGGUUAUUAUUCCCCUAAAGACCACAGAGCUUAGACAGCCCGGCAAAAGUCCUAAACGCACUGACGAUGAUGAGGAUCAGGAUGAUCCGCUAUUGGUCGUACAUCCCAACUACAUAAUAGAAUAGGCACCAUAAACGGCUUACAUAUUGUGUAUGUCAGCAAGUAAGAGCCCUGCUUAGUUAGUGUAUAACCGAUUCCAUUUGUUAAUUUUUUAAAGAAAAUUUUUUUUUUUAAUUUCAUUGAAUGACAUUUUAGCAUUUAAGUUGAGUUUUAGUUUUGUAGCUGGUAAGGAAACACGUUUUGCAUAAUAAGCCCAUUUUUUGCUAAAUAAACUGGCCAAAAAAAUUUCUUGAAAAUAAA